GACAAAGACCAUCUCCAUUCAUAGUACCGAUGGGGAGGUCCAAUACAUUAAUCUCAGCAGUUAAUUGAGCAUAUUGAUUACCAAAAGAUAAAUGAAAGCGGACCUCUGAUUUGAAACCAAAUCUAAAGACGUACAACUAGGAAGAGACAACAAUGCAGUUUAGACCAUUUCGAACCAUUCAUUUACAAUGAUGCCUUCUGCAUCAUCAAUUACCAAAGUCAAUGACUACAAAACAAUAAAACACAAAAAAUAAUACAUAAUAUAAAGAUGUAAGUGAAUCAAACGUAAAACCAUGAAGAAAAUAAGAAAAUUGAAAAGUAAUACCAUAGCAUACUGUAUGUCUGUUUCAUGUAUUGAAUUUCUAUACCGCCUUAUCUAUUCACAUACGAACACUGAGUCCUCUCAUAAGAACCAACUCAUAAUAGAAGCAGGUCAAUUCCCGAGCGCUCAAAACCCUAUACCUACAUCUAACUAGUAGAACCAAAUAAUAAAAUUGCUAGAGCACGAAAAUCCCAAGAAACGAAAUUAGAGACCAGCAUACAUAUCUCGCGACCAGCAUACACGAACGAGGCAACCGGAAUGUAAGACUACCUCCAUGGACACUCUUCUCCGCCUCAACAGGCUCAUUCUCAUAGGGCUUCCUGCAGCCGGGACAGCGACCAUCCCCCUCAAGGAUCCUCUUGUGGCAGAAAAGACACAGCCUAAAUCCACACAAGCACGGCAAGAAGCUGGUGUCUGUCAAAUCCAAAUCUUCAUAGCAUAUAGGACACGAGGACAGCGGAGACACCACACUGUUACAGGCCCACGGAUUACCACCACAGAAUCCUUUCCUGAUGGAAUUCGGCAAGCUGAGCUGCUUUCGGCAUAACUCUCCCACACUGAGGCUUCAAAUUCUCAACCUGACGAGCAGGAACCAGUUUCGCAAUCGGCUCAUGCAUCCGGGGCGGCUCCAAAGGCAGAUUCUUCGGCUUCUCAUCGGCCGCCAAGGCAUCCACCACGGCCUCCCAAUCAUCCAGGCAGCCAUCAUCCUCAUCCUCCUCCGUAAUAUUCCCAGAGCAACAAUCACCGCUGCUGCUACUGCUGCUGCUGGAUCCGGUGAAAGUCUCCGAAUCAUGGCCCCCCAGCACACUGAGUGCGAUACGAGCUUCGGCGGAGCAGCAGAGACCUCGCCGGCCACCGUCCAGCGAGCUCUUUCCUUCCGUCAGCGAGUUCCUUCCCUUCCGGCAGCGAGCUCCUUCCCUUCCGGCAGCAAGCUUGUCUUCUUCUCCUUCCCGACCCUUCCGGCAGCGAGUCUCGUCCAGCAAGUUUCUCCGGUGCAGACUUCACCGGCCGCCGUCUUCAGCGACAAGACCGUCGGCCGCAGCGACGACGCCUUCAACACCUUCUUUCCGAGACCGGCGCCGGCAAGCACGUCCCUCGCGCCAUCUUCGUCGACCUCGAGCCCACCGUCAUCGACGAGAUCCACACCGGCACCUACCGCCAGCUCUUCCACCCCGAGCAGCUCAUCUCCGGCAAGGAGGACGCCGCCAACCCCUUCGCGUCGCCAUUCUCAGUAGAGCUUCCGAAGCCGACCCACGAUUUCUAGACUUCCCAUCUUCAACUUCCAAGUCCUCUAACCCGAUUCUAAUACCUUCUCUCGGUGGAGCUCCAUUCCAAGACCCGGCCCGGAUUUCUGAGCCCAACAUUCAACAC